UAACGGCUUUCAUUUAUUUCAAAUAAAUAUGAAUUAAAUACGUUGGUGUUUGAAGUGGUCCGAUACACGUCCCCCCUUGCGGGUGCUCUCACUCUACUGACCUUGGACUCACGCAGUAACCAGCGGAAAGACAAUAUUUUAUUUUAAAAGUUCGGUGGCUGUUUCAGUACGGAAGUUGAAUGAUAUUCAACGUGAGCUGACAACUGAACGAAGCUUCGUCUGGUUCACUCAUAAUACCCGCCCGAGCUGGCAGGAAAGCUGAAACGGGCAGAAUGAGAGUUAUUAUAGGUGGAGGUUCUGGGUUUGUGGGUCGAGAGCUAACCCGGUUGCUGCGCAAGAAAGGUCACGAGGUCACCAUAGUUUCCCGCCAGCCUGGCCCUGACAGGAUCACAUGGGAUGAUUUGGACGCCGACGGCCUCCCACCAUGUGAGGGCGCUGUUAAUCUGGCCGGAGAGAAUCUCAUGAACCCCCUGCGCUGGUGGAAUGAGAGUUAUAAGAAGGACCUGUUCUCCAGUCGCAUUGAUACGACCAGAACUCUGGCCCGGGCGAUAAGCUCCGCCCCCACGCCCCCCUGGUCGUGGGUCCUGGUCACUGGUGUGGCGUGCUACAAGCCAAGCCAGACGGCCCUGUACACGGAGGACAGCGAGUGGACGCCCUUUGACCUCUUGUCCCAGCUGGUGAAGGAGUGGGAGGAAGCGGGACGUCUCUCUGACGACGUCGCCACGACGACCAGGCAGGUGGUGAUCAGGCCAGGGGCGGUGUUGGGGCGGGACGGGGGAGCCAUGAAGCAGAUGCUGACCCCGUUCUGGCUGGGACUGGGGGGCACUUUGGGGUCGGGUCAGCAGCCGUUCCCCUGGAUCCACGUUUCGGACCUGGCAGGGAUAAUCGCCCGCUCCCUGGAGGUCCCCCCUCCUGCCCCCCCUGCGGCUGACGGUCCGGAGGUCCUGAACGGGGUGGCCCCCACCCUCAACACAAACCGGGAGUUCACCGAGGCCCUGGGCCGGGCGCUGGGCCGCCCCACCCUGUUCCCUGUGCCCGGUUUCGUCAUGCGGGCGCUGAUGGGCGCUGAGCGGGCCGUCGUGCUCAUGGAGGGCCAGCGGGUGGCGCCCAAGAGGACUCUGGAGUCAGGGUACGAGUACCAGUACCCAGACCUGCGUGCCGCCCUGGGGGAGAUAGUGGGCAGAUGAUGCCCGCUACCUGGCCCGCGAUGGGUUCAACGCUGCUGUUAACUCCACCCACGACCCCGCCAAGAACCCGUCAGCCCUUCCCACAAACACUUCAGUCUAACCCAAAUCCCGCUCAAACCCCCGACCAAGAUGCCGUCAACCCUUCUCACAAAUCCCUCAAUCCACCUACAACGCCACUGAAACCCCAGACUAAGACCCCAUCAACCCUUCCCACAAACCCCUCACCACAACCACAAGCCCACUCAAACUCUCAACCAAGACUCCAUCAACCCUUCCCACAAACCCCUCACCACAACCACAACCCCGCUCAAACUCCCAACCAAGACUCCAUCAAACCUUCCCACAAACCCCUCACUACAACCACAAACGCCUCAAUCCCACCGACAACCGCCCUGGCUCCAUUAACCACAGCCUUGACCCUGCCCACAGCCCCACUGGCCCAUCCACAUCCACGCCCUCAACCCUGCCAACAACUCCGCUGACUCCACCCCAACACCACCUCCACAAUGACAUCUCCUGAACUCCACCACCGGCCCCUUGGUGGGGUUAGGUGUGACUGUGGUCUGCAUGGAGAUGCUUGACCUUGGUUUUGGAGGUAGUUAGGGCCGAAUCUGUGAAUCUGACAGUGUGUGCAGUAAACCAGGGCACGUGAAGGUAACUGAUGUUGGUUGUCUGAUUUGAGUGUUGAUUCUGUCUGAUUAAUGCUGGAUGCCUGAUUAAAGUGCAUUUUAAAGACAUUCUUAACUGUAGCUACGGGCAGGAGAGAGCUGUUAUUCAUGCUGAGGGCUGCUAGAGAAUAAACCUACACACUACAGAAAGGUCUCAGCACAAAUUGCAGAUUUAAAAUUUCAGGAAAUAAAUGAUGAAAAUGUGCUGAAGUACGUAUGCAGAUGAGUAAAUGUAUAAACAGUGCAAAGGUGCUUUCUAUGCUGUGGCCUAGGAUCUAUAAACCACCAUUUCCAGGUUUCCAUCUAAGGAACAUCUGCCAUUCUUAGGAUGCAAAAUUUGAACAUGUGGAACAUGAAUCACCACAAGUUGUGAGUGUUCAUUUUGCCUUCGCUAUCCAAUAAACAGUGUUUCCAACACGGUG